CAGGAAAUCCAGCCAAAAAUCGGAGCUGCAGUUGGGGGAAGACCGGCAGCAGUAUAGGGGGAAACUCACGGCUCUACCAGAAAUUGGAAGGGAAUAAAGCAAUUAAACUAAACCCAACCUAAAUCAAGGUGAAAGAGAGGGAUUCAUGGCUAGAUCUUACCAGAAAAGCCCAAGAAUCGCACCCAACAGAAACGGCUCACGGACAGGGGAAGAAGACCAGAGCAGAUUUCGGGAUUUUCUGGGUCCAACAGGUGUUCUAAAACAAGGAAAUAGGGAGAAAUCCCUAAGCUUUGCCGGAUUUCCGGCCGGAAAAUGGGUGGCGGUGGCUGGGGAGUUCGUCGGGUGUAGAGGGUUGGGGGAGAGGAAGAGCAGGGCACGCGGGUCUGAUGGGGAAGGAAAGAAGAAAGAAUAAAAAGAAAAAGGAAGACUACUCAUCCUUAUCCUAUUUUCCUUUCUUUUUAACCCCUCACCUUUUUAAAAUUUUGCGAUUAAGCCCCAAAACAAUAUUUUUCCUCAAAUAAGUCCCCAAUUUCAUG